UAUCGUGUUCUUUCCUCAGCUUGUUUCGCCUUUUAGUCACGUUGAACUUGGCUGUCAAGUUAGUGUGCAUCGUUUCCUCGCAGUUUCCUCCAAUUAAUCGCAAAGCCCUUAUAAGGACUUGUCAGAUUAUUGACUGAUUUGCUGUUGCUCACAACCUUCAGUAAGUAGUUCACCUCAUCUGUAAUUGUAAACACACUCAUCUUUCUGUUUGAAGUUGAGAAGCAGAGCAAGAAGCUAAGCUUGGGGGGGCGUGGCCAUGGCGGCGCCACCAAGCAUGGAGGAGCCUCUUCUUGGAGGCGGCAAUGGCGAGGAGAAGAAAGGAGGGAGCUCGAGGCUAGCGGUGGUGGCCGAGGUGAGGAAGCAGCUGUACCUCGCCGGGCCGCUCAUCGCCGGGUGGCUGCUGCAGAACGUGGUGCAGAUGAUCUCCGUCAUGUUCGUCGGCCACCUCGGCGAGCUCGAGCUCUCCAGCGCCUCCAUCGCCACCUCCUUCGCCGGCGUCACCGGCUUCAGCCUCCUGGCUGGCAUGGCGAGCAGCCUGGACACGCUGUGCGGGCAGGCGUUCGGGGCGAAGCAGCACCGGCUCGUGGGCGUGUACAAGCAGCGCGCCAUGGUGGUGCUCGGCCUCGCCAGCGUGUGCGUCGCCGCGGUCUGGGCCUACACCGGCGAGCUCCUCCUGCUGUUCGGGCAGGACCCGGAGAUCGCGGCGGCGGCGGGGAGCUACAUCCGGUGGAUGAUCCCGGCGCUGCUGGCGUACGGGCCCCUGCAGUGCCACGUCCGGUUCCUGCAGACGCAGAACGCCGUGAUGCCGGUGAUGCUCAGCUCCGGCGCCGCCGCGGCGUGCCACCUGCCGGUGUGCUGGCUGCUGGUGUACGGCGCCGGGCUCGGCAGCAAGGGCGCCGCGCUCGCCAACGCCGUCGCCUACCUCGCCAACGCCGCCGCCCUGGCCGCCUACGUCAGGCUGUCGCCAGCGUGCCGGAGCACGUGGACGGGGUUCUCGUCGGAGGCGUUCCACGACUUGGUCGGCUUCAUGAGGCUCGCUGUUCCUUCUGCUCUCAUGGUCUGCUUGGAGUGGUGGUCGUUUGAGCUCCUUGUGCUGCUCUCCGGACUACUCCCAAAUCCGAAGCUGGAAGCAUCAGUAUUGUCCAUUUGCCUGAACUCGGGUUCCUUGGCAUUCAUGAUCCCUUUCGGCCUUGGUUCAGCCAUAAGCACCCGGGUCUCGAAUGAGCUCGGCGCCGGUCGACCCGAGGCGGCCCGUCUGGCCAGCCGUGUGGUGAUGGCGCUGGGUCUCGUCGUCGGCGUCGCGAUCGGGCUCGCCAUGAUCCUGGUGCGCCAUCUAUGGGGUUACGCGUACAGCAACGAGGAGGAGGUGGUCCAGUACGUCGCGAAGAUGAUGCCCAUUCUUGCCGUCUCGUUCCUCUUCGAUGACCUGCAGUGUGUUCUGUCAGGUGUUGCAAGAGGCUGUGGGUGGCAAAAGAUUGGUGCCAUUGUUAACCUUGGAGCGUACUACCUCGUCGGAAUUCCAGCGGCGCUGUGUUUCGCCUUCGUCUACCAUCUUGGUGGCAUGGGACUGUGGUUAGGGAUAAUGUGUGCACUCAUCGUUCAGAUGCUGUUGCUUCUAGCCAUAACAGUGUGCACUAAUUGGGAGAAAGAAGCUCUGAAGGCCAAGGAGAGAGUUUUCAGUUCGUCCUUGCCCGCAGACAUGACAUGAUAAUACAAUGUACACGAUCCAAGAACCAAGAUGAAGAUCGAUGGACGAUUUUGUUUGGCAAUAGUGGCCAAGAAAUUCUACGAGACAAUGGGAAAUUACAGCUUGAGAAAUUAAGACCGUCAUCUCUAUGUUUUGAUGACACAAUUAAUAGUCGCCAAAACAAGGAACUAUCUGCAAGGAAGAGUUCAGACAGCGAGAAAUCUGCUUUUGGUGGAUUUUUUGUCAGACGAAGAAAUAAAAUGUUAUGGACUAGAGACGCUGCAUUGGAUACAAUAAUGAAUUGAAAUGUUCAGUUAACUAUAUGUAAUGGAUGUUAGGAUUUCGACAAUGACACUAUUUUGGCUCUACUAUUGAUUAGAUGAUUAAUUAUAUUGUAAGUAUUAUGUGACAUGCGCCAUUGAGUCAUGAUUCAUGAUACCUUUUCUCCUAAACGAAAUACAUCUUCUUUUGCUUGUAAAUAUGCAAAUAUAAAGUUUUUUUUUUCUA